GGUGGAAGAAGGUGGAGAAAUAUUCUGUCAGCUGACAAAAUUGGUUUGUUACAUCACCUGUAAUUCACUUUCAAGGCAGGACUUGACAUCAGUAUCUGCACACCAUCAGUCAUGUCUGUUGUUUCUUCUGAGAAAUGUGAAGUGUCUAUUCUAGACCAAGGUCAGACCAUCAGUGAUUUCAUUAACAACACCAUUGAAGAGUUGAGUUCAGCGGGGAACGAAGUGCCCUUUUCUGUGGGGAACCUUGACACUGUCGUAAAGCAGCACCUCCGUUGGCUUCAUAACUUGCCUCGAGUCAAACCUUUCUAUGCUGUGAAAUGUAACAGCACGCCGGCAGUUAUCAGGACGUUGUCUGCUCUCGGCACAGGAUUCGACUGUGCCAGCAAGAAUGAGAUAAAGCUGGCUCUUUCUCUUGGAGUGUCUCCUGAUAAAAUCAUUUAUGCACAUCCGUCAAAACCACAGUCUCAUGUCAGGUAUGCCUGCAUGUGUGGAGUCACAAUGAUGACCUUUGAUAGUGAGAUUGAACUCCAAAAAAUUUCUCAUUGCCAUCCCAGUGCCAAGCUGGUACUCCGCAUUGCAGUGGAUGAUUCUAAAUCUUUGUUACGUCUGAGUUCAAAGUUUGGUGCCACACUGUCGACCGUCAACAAGGUGCUGAUGUGUGCUAAAGAGCUGGACUUGGAGGUCAUUGGGGUCAGCUUCCAUGCUGGCUGCAUUUGCACUGAUGCCUUCACUUACAGGCAGGCUAUAAAAGAUGCCCGUCACGUCUUUGACAUUGCGAAUUCAUGGGGCUUCAAGAUGACUCUGCUAGACAUUGGUGGAGGAUUUCCUGGAAGACAUGACGCUCGAGUCACAUUUGAACAGAUUGCAGAAAACAUUAAUGUGACACUGGAUGAAUUCUUCCCAUCAAAGAGUGGGGUGCAGAUUAUCGCAGAACCGGGACAAUACUUUGUGGACAUAGCCUUCACACUGGCAGUGACUGUCAUUGCUAAAAACAUCAUUGUGGAGGAAGGAGAUGGUGAAGAUGACAACCCUGACAAAGAAAUUGUGUACUUCAUUAAUGAUGGGAUAUAUGGCUCUAUGUCUGACCUCCAAAGCCCACACCCCAUCAUCACAUUUUUACCAUACCCUCAGAAGGCCGUUGAGAGCAGUGAGCAGAGAUACAAGUCUGUCAUCUGGGGUCCAACCUGUGAUAGCAAGGACAAAGUAAUUGACAACUACUGGCUUCCUGAGCUUUAUAUUGGGGACUGGCUUCUCCUCGACAACAUGGGUGCUUACACAAACUCCGUGGCCACUGAUUUCAACGGCUUUGAGAGGGCAAAAAUAUACCAUGUUGUGACAGCUGAUACGUGGAAAACCCUAAACCUCAAGCCUGCAUCAGGAAUGAUCUGAUAACAUUUUCUAAAUGUCCUGUGGAAAUGAUACAUAGAUCAUCUGCCUUAAAUCCUUUUCAGUAUAAGGAUCUGUGCAGGAUCUGCUGGAGCAGCCAGAAGUAUCACAUACACAUUAUUCAUAUUCAUAUUACUCUGGCUGUCAAAACAAUGUGUUCACUUUGAUUAAUCAGUUGCAGCACCUACUAUAACACAUCUACGUGGUCUAUUAUAAAAGAAACCGACCUUUUUAUUUUUUCAAAAACUAUAUGGAUUUGAAUCACGUGCGAUUACAUCAGACAAGCUUGAACCCUCGUGGGCAUGCGUGAGUUUUUUUCACGCCUGUCGGU